AUGGAUGUUUGUACGAUAGGGAUAUGUGGAAUUGAAGGAUCAGGUAAAACCACCCUUGCCAAAGCCAUCUACCAUCAAAUUCAUGGUACAUUCACGAAGAAAAUUUUCAUUGAAGAUGUUUCAGAAGUUAGUCGAACAAGAAGUCAUGUUAGUUUACAAGAACAACUUCUUUUAGAUAUCUUAAAAAUAAAGGUGGAGAUACGUAGCGUUGAGAUGGGAAGAAGAAUGAUUCGGGAAAGACUUUCUGGCAAAAGGCUACUCAUUGUACUCGACGAUAUGAAUGCGUAUGGUCCAUUUUUAGACCUAUACAGAUGUCGUUCUAGAUUCAGUAGAGGAACUGUAAUAAUCAUUACAACGAGAGAUGAAGACCUACUUAGGAUUCAUCAAGUUGAUUCUGUUCUUCAGCUAAAGCUAAUGAGCGCAAAGGAGUCGCUUGAGCUUCUUAGUUGGCACGCAUUUAGAGAAGCUAUUAAAGUAUAA